AAUGAUGCAGGUGAAGAUGGGGCCAGUAGAGCUGCCAAGGAACUGACAUUUGAGAGUCCCUUAGAAUCCCAUGCCCGCUCAGUUUGGACGUUUUCAUCAGAUUCUGAGCUAUCUCCUGAAAAUAGUCCUAUAAAAGAGGAUCAGAAAAUUUCAGAACAAAUAAGCGAGGCCAAGGAUGGAAUCCAUAUUGGCAGUAAUGAAGACACUCCAUCCAAGAAGGCUUCUAAAGAUAAAGCUCCUAGAAAGGAGCUAGAAGAGGAUGAUCAUGAGCCAAUAAAAGAAAAGAAAAAGAGCAGUGUAAAAAGAAAAGGAAAUGCUGGCGAUGAGGAAGUAACAGCAGAAGAAGCGGUUGAAAAGCAAGUUGGCUCUCAUGUCUCUUCCGCAAGGAUGCCUUUGGUUCUCUCUGAGAAAGUUCAACGAGCAAAGGCACUUGUUGAAUGUGAAGGGGCUUCUAUAGAUUUGGGUGGUGAUGUGGGUGCUGUAGGACGAAUUAUGGUUUCAAAUACCUCAUCUACAGAUCAUGAAAUGUACUUAGAUUUGAAAGGAACAAUAUAUAGAACAACAAUAGUUCCUUCAAGGACAUUUUGCGUUGUUAGUUUUGGCCAAUCAGAGGCAAAGAUAGAAGCCAUCAUGAACGAUUUCAUUCAGCUGAGACCACAAUCAAAUGUCUUUGAAGCUGAAACUAUGGUUGAGGGAACCUUGGAUGGUUUCUCGUUUGACUCGGAUGAAGAGGCUGAAAAAUUUCCAAAAGGUGUAUCUCAUCAAACUGGUCAAAACGAAGAGGAUGAAGAAAAAGCUAAUGGGAAAACGAGAGGAAAAGCUGAGAAAAAAUCAGGAGUUUCACGGAAAAGAGGUAAAACCACCGGAGGGAAGUCACAGUCGCAAAAGAAAGUAAAAAAGAAAGCUCCAGUUUCCAAGAAAGCCAAGACCAAGAAAUGAGAAUAAUAUGUUACUUUAUUAUUCAUUCAGUUCCAGUUUCCAAGAAAGCCAAGACCAAGACCAUAUAAUUUUGUAACAUGUUAGUCGCCACAACUUAUGUUGUAAUAAUGGCCUUGCUGCCCAAAGUUUUGAAUUCAAAGAUGUAAAGAUCAUUUGUACAAACUCCAAAUCUCAUGAUGCAGUUUACAACUAGUUUCUUCUGCAUCUAGGUUUAGUUUGAUUACUAAAUCGAUACGACUGAUCUCUUCCACGUGAUAUUAUGGCAUUAUGUUACUUGUUUUGCUAAAAUCUACUGGUGCACAUACUUUGUUAGUCUUAACUUUGGACGAUUUAUGG